AUGCAUUUAUUAAGAAAUAAAGCGUAUGUUGAGGGCAAAUGGGUGGCUGCAGCAAGUGGGCAAGAAUUCAGUGUGCUCAACCCUGCCGAUGAUUCUGUACUAGCAUCAGUGCCGGAUAUGACAGCUCCGGAUGCUAAAAAAGCUCUCGACGCAGCAUCUGACGCUUUCCAGACCUGGAAGUCCUAUUCAGCAAAAGAACGCUCCAAGAUAAUUAGGAAGUGGUAUGAAGUGGUCGAAGCACACACUGAUGAUCUAGCCGCCAUUGUAACUGCUGAAAGUGGAAAACCAUUAUCAGAAGCUAAAGGUGAAGUAGCCUAUGGCAAUUCCUUUUUGGAGUGGUUUGCUGAUUGUGCUCGUCAUAUCAAUGGAGAGAUUUUAUCUGGUCCAUGGCCCAACAAACGUAUAUUGGCUUCCAGACAACCACUUGGUGUUGUAUCCGUUAUUACUCCAUGGAACUUUCCUUUUGCUAUGAUCACCAGAAAAGUUGGAGCUUUGAUGGCUGCUGGAUGCACUUGUGUAAUCAAACCUGCUGAAGACACACCUCUAUCUGCAUUAGCAGCUGUUGAGCUGGCAGAAAAAGCUGGAGUACCAAAGGGAGUGAUAAAUGUUGUCACCUGCAGCAGGAAAAAUGCUGCAGAUGUUGGGAAACAGAUGUGUGAGGAUUCUCGUGUGAGAUGCAUUUCAUUCACUGGAUCUACUCAUGUUGGCAAAUUACUGUAUGGACUUGCAGCAAAAGGAAUUAAAAGGGUGUCUCUUGAAUUAGGAGGAAAUGCUCCUUUUAUUGUCUUUCCGAGUGCUGACAUGAACCGUGCUUUGGAUCAAGCAAUGCUUGCUAAAUUCAGGAACAACGGGCAAGCAUGUGUUGGUGCUAAUAGAUUCCUAAUACAUGAAGAUGUUUAUGACCAAUUUAUUGAAGGUUUCAAAGAACGCAUUCAAACUCAUUGCAUAUUAGGACCGGGGACAAAAGAAGGAGUCACAUGUGGGCCUCUUGUUAAUGCAGAGCAGGUAAACAAGGUUGCUGGGUUUGUAGCAGAUGCAACACAAAAAGGGGCGAGAGUUUUGACUGGCGGCAAGAUUGCAGCCGAUCUUGGUACAAAGUACUUUCAAUCAACACUUAUAGAUAAUGUUACACCCGACAUGAAAGUCUUUAAUGAAGAAGUCUUUGGGCCAAUUGCAACUAUCGUGAAGAUAAAGAGUGAGAAGGAAGCUUUAGAAAUUGCUAACAACACAAACAGUGGUCUGGCUGCAUAUGUCUUUACUAAAGAUCUCGGACAAGCAUUUAGAAUGUCAAGGGAUCUGGAAUUUGGGAUGGUUGCUAUCAAUGACGGCUUACUGUCUACUGCUGAAGCACCAUUUGGUGGCAUUAAAGAGUCAGGAAUUGGUCGAGAGGGCAGUAUGCAUGGUGCUGAAGAGUACACUGAGAUUAAGUAUACUCUGAUGUCGGACCUGGAAUAA